AUACUCGMUGAAGUGAUGGAACUCUGUUCGAGAGUGGAUGGUAAAACUAUUUCGAUCAAAUCAGAUUAUUCUUGCCGGCAUUCCAGGCGAAAUGGAAUGGCUGGAGAUAUUGAUGUACUGGACCUGAAAUCAUAUCUUAAACAAAUCCGUCCGAUGAGUUUUCCAUGCGUUCUUGGCAUGCACGAAGUUGGUUGGGAAGACGGGUCGUACCGUAAUGGUACUACCCCAAAACACGGCGCAUCAACUCGGUCAAGUAAUGGCGGUGUAGCCAAGAACAGUGCCUUCGACGUAGUGAGUGGAAAAUCCAACGGUGAGGUGGCAAGCUAUUUGUUUCAACGACAGGGGGUUGCCUCGAGUUUCCCUAAAACUGUUGGCGAGAAAGAAGAAGGAUUUGGAGGAAGACAGUGGUCUUCGGUCGAGAGAAUGUCUGACCAGAAUGACGAAGAUAAUGAAGAGCUAGAGGGAAAGUUUCAGAGUAUGACACUGAACAAUAAUGAGAAAAAGGCUGACACACCCAUUGAAGAGAUUGCUUCAACUGCAAAGAAACUAUGGGAUGUACAAGACUCUGGUGAAGAGAAGACAGGAAUGUCUACUGGGAUACUCCAGGGUGACCAAUGGAGAGAGAAYGCCUGGGGUCCUUCUGUACCUCUAAUGAACCAAUCAGAACAUGCCGUCUCACAGCCAAUCAUGGUUCAGCAUUCUGUCAAGCGAGGGGCAUAUAACAGUAACAGUUCAGAGCUUCAUGGUGUAUUGUCUCCUAGGUCAGCAGAUGGUGUAGGGCUCAGUAUGGUGGAGUAUGUGUUGGCUUCAUCACCAGGAGGACAGGAACUGGAUGCACAGAUGAUCAAGUCUGGCUUUGAUGGGGAAGAUGAUGGUAAAUCCAAUAUCAUUUCUAAAGCUGCAAGAGUAUCRCCAUUUGAAGAGGAAACGCCAGAAGAACUACAAAGAGAACAAGACUUGACUUCUCCUAAACCCAAAACAGUCCCACAACCAGAUGACGAUGGUACUAUGCACAGUGCAUUUAGCCGUACCCCAGGAAGUAGAGACCCAUCACCRACUACCAGCUCAUCACAACACUCCCAAGAUGCUUUGCAGUCCAGUCAAGCGCAGAUUUCCAAUCCAUCACCCAUUAUUCACACAAAGUCCAGAAACCAACUGCAUGACUUCAGAGAGGUUCCCCCUUCAUCUAUCUCUCUUGACACAGUAAACUUGGAACAAUUGAACUUUGAGCAUCAGCAGUUCCCUGGCACCCCCUUGAGUCCCUCUGAAGUAGUUAUGGUGUCAGGGGGGUCACUUCCUGGUACCCAUACUUCAUCCUUGCAGCAUCUAUCACCACAGCAAAUAGCGUUGGCAGUAGCAGCCCAGCACCAACAGCAGCAACAGCUUCAGUCAGCCAUGGCACAGCAAAAUCCUUACUAUAUCACAGCAACACAGGGACAGGACAUGUACGGUAGUGGGUCAUUACCACAAGUCAACCCUGGAGCUCAAAUGGUUCCCCAGCCUUAUGCUGCUGCCGCAUACAGCAUACAACCCUGGGGAGUCUACCCAGGCGCUGCAAAUGUCUCUGGAAGUGGUAAUUUCCUUCAACAGCAACARCAGCAGCAACAGCAACCCCAACAACAACAGCAGCARCARCAGCAACAACAUGCUCAGUUAAUGAGAAGCACAAGUAACCCUGGUGUAGGUGGUCAGCAGCUACAGACAGCCAAUCAAAUUGARCUCCUAAACAACCCACAGCAACCAUCCAUGGCCGCUAACACAAACUAUCARCUCAUAGCUCCCCCAGGGGCACCCCCCUUAGGACUCGGCGCAGCAGCCUACUACGAUCAAUCUGGUAAUCUAGUGCUUAGCAACACCCAAGGAAUCAAUGGGGUAUCACCACAGCAACUUGCAGCUAAUCAGAUGGGUGGGGCAUUGAGGAUGAUGUCACCGAUGUUGCUGAACGCUGCUAAUAGCAACGCCAAUAAUGCUCCUGGGAGAAUGGGGAAUAGUGCAGGGGCGUCUGGAAUGCGCAUGUACGGUCARCAGGCACAGCAGCAGUUGUCUGUUAGUGCAUCAAUGAACACGUUCCAAAAUCAAGUGCCUAUGAAUGGAAAUGCUGUAGGUGUGGUCGGGAAUAGUCUAGGCAUACUUGGUGGGUCAUCAAAUGUCGGCGCUGUAGGCUCCAUGACUAGCGGAACUUCAAGACGUGAUGUUCUCAACAGUGGUGACUACAGUGCUUUCAACAAGAGACAAGCAAUUCAAGGAUAUUAUCCCAGUCUGGGAGGCUCCCUUACAGUAUCAGCACAACCAUCAUACAACUCACCACAAGAACUACCAACACCACCACUCCUCUCSCAAGGCAGUCAGUCCGGUUUUUCGGUCGGMAGCCCUAUAUCUAGUGGUCUGUCUCGCUACAUGCAGCUUUCAACAGCUCCGGAUAAGAAAUUCCAGAAUCCCCUCAGYAGUUUGAAUGGUUCUCCAUUCGGAAACUCGGUGUUAACACAAGGGGGUUACCGUGGUGGAGGGCGCUUGAAGGAUACUGGUCGAUCACGACUACUUGAAGACUUCMGAAAUAAUCGUUACCCCAACAUCCAACUACGUGACUUAGCCAAUCACAUCGUGGAAUUCUCUCAAGACCAACACGGCUCAAGGUUUAUUCAACAGAAACUAGAGCGAGCCAGCCCCGUGGAGAAGAACAUGGUAUUCCACGAAAUAUUGCCCGCUGCRUACAGCCUAAUGACCGAUGUGUUUGGAAAUUACGUUAUCCAAAAGUUCUUUGAGUUUGGYAGCGAUGAUCAGAAGCAUCACCUAGCGAGCUGUAUCCGUGGUAACGUCCUACCGCUGGCCUUGCAGAUGUAUGGUUGUCGGGUAAUACAGAAGGCUCUCGAGUGUAUUCCUCCAAACGUCCAGAUUAAGGUGUAUGCUCUGUCCACCCACCCAUAUGGCUGCCGUGUUAUUCAGCGCAUUUUAGAGCACUGCCUACCAGAACAGACCAUGCCAAUACUAGCCGAGAUGCACGACCAGACAGAGCGCCUUGUACAGGACCAGUAUGGCAACUACGUUAUUCAACAUGUCCUGGAACAUGGGACGCCGGAAGAUCGGAACAAGAUUGUCAUGCAGCUUCGAGGAAACAUUCUAGUUCUGAGUCAACACAAGUUUGCAAGUAAUGUGGUUGAAAAAUGCGUUAGUUUUGCUUCAAGAGCAGAGCGAGCUGUGCUUAUCGACGAAGUCUGCAAUACGACGGAUAGCCAAACCCAGCAAUCUGCCCUCUACUUGAUGAUGAAAGACCAGUUUGCCAACUACGUGGUGCAAAAAAUGAUUGAUGUUGCGGAACCGGUUCAACGUAAGCUGCUUAUGCAUCGCAUUCGUCCCCACAUAUCUACGUUACGUAAGUACACUUACGGAAAGCACAUCUUGGCUAAGCUUGAGAAGUACUAUAUGACAGUGAAGCCAACGCCAGACUUCCUGCCGCUGACCAAUGGUCAGUUACUGUAGUGGGCGCACUACCUAAUUAACGUGAAUUCUUAUUCAAACUAUUAUUGACUUUUUAAAUUAAAAUACUAGAUUUGUUUCCUUUUAUGCACACAUUGUAGAUUAGUAAUUGUAGAUGAAGUUAAUAAGUGUGCAUAAUUGGGCUUCCUUUGGAGCGUAACCCAGGCAUUCAUGAUUUGUCAACCACAGGAAUCCUGAUAGAGAAAACUGACGGGACUCUUGUGGGRAAACAUAGGGCUAUUUCUUCACCUCAGCUAGAGGAAAAUCCCAUGUGGAAUUAUUGAUUUGUAAAUUAGCMGAAAGRUCUAGAAACUCAAAGCAAUGUAUGCCCUACCACAGGAAUCCCGUCUCAAAUUCCUGCCAGAACAAAAAACACAAAAUGUAUUUAGACCGGAUUAUUAAGACCAUGAUUUUUAACUAAUAUAUAUUUUACUUUUAUAAGAAGAAUACUUUUUUCCUUGUAAUGUCAAUUUCUAGUUAGAAAUUCUGUAUGUAUGUAUUGAUAAGACACUGUACAAUGAUCGCGUUUCCGUUCGCAUUAUUAUCGAUUUUUUGAUUAUUGUAAUUAGAGAUUUCUAGCUUUAAGAUGCUUGUCAUCUGGGGGGGCCUUGAUAUUUCAUUAAUAGGGCGGCUAACUUUUUAUCCGACUCAAAGUCAAAACUCGGCAAAUGAUUAUAUUCUAAGUGAUAUUUAUUGAUAUUUUUCCUCUUAUGUCACCUCACUUUUACUGCUAACUUUUAAGGUUUUUGAAGUUCGUAUUGAAGUGUCAUUAUCACUUUUAAUAUCCUAUUUAACUGUUUUCGACGAGAUGAUUUUAUCCAUGUUCAAUUUUACAACUAAAAUUUAUGACUGACGUAUUGCUAAUCUUAAUAUCCUUUGAUUUAACGAUUGCUUACUYAUUGGAUGAUUCUCUAAAGUAUUUGUUGGUUUUUAGAGCGGCAUUUCACGCGUAUUUCUACUUUGCUGAAGCAUAUGUAAGCGAAGCAAUCAGUUGUGUAUUUCAUGCCUCUAAUKGCGGCGGCUGUAAAUGUUGUAAGCUUUGCUUCAAGUCAAUUUACCAUAUAAAUAUGUACAAAUUUUUUUACCCAGAUUUCAGCUAAUAAAAACGCAUUUUUAAAAUUUUGCAAAGUAGAAAUUAACCGUGAGAUAUCGUAAAAGCUGAUUUCUUUGUACUAAGUUUGUCUAAAGUAYCACAUUCAACUUGCGCAUCUCGUGUAAUGACAAUGACUUUCUGAUAAAYGAAACAUGCUUUUCCUGGUUAUUUCUAUUUUGAUUAAGACAGAAAGUUGUUGAAAUUUGCUACGACAUCAGUCAUCCAUGAGCAAGUUGUAUGUAUUGUAGAUAAGUACUAUUAGAAGCCUGUGAAUUAGAGAGCGAACUAAACCCUUGAAACGAAGUCCAUCUGUUGACAAUGCAUUCAUUGAAGUCAUUCUGGUAGUUGAACUAAUUGACGUCAUAUUGUAAGAGACCCAUUGCCAAACACAGAAACGUCUGAUAAGAACUAGUGUUCACGGAACUGUAGAAUAUUUCUGCAAUAGACCAAUCCCGAAUUCGCUUGGAUGAACACGGAACAAUGGCUCCAUGUCGAGGCUGAAGUUUUCGACAAAAGAUAAAACUUCAGCCUCGGAAUGAAGCCAUUGUUUCGUGUUCAUCCAAGCAAAUGCGGGAUUGGUCUAUUAUGCUAUUUUCAAACUAAUUUGUUUCAAGGGUUUACGAACGCCGCUAUUUUGCUGGCUCAUAAACCAACCGCCAGUKGGCUUUGAAGACAGUUUAUAUGUUAAUAGCACUUUGCCGAGUUGACUUGGAUAUUUCUAAAUCAGUAUUAUAUCACGUGUAAAUUUUCCUUUAGCAAUGGGGUGCCCAUCGCCUGCCUGUAAAUGUGUACAUUAUGUAAAUGAGGGAACAAGAGGGGGGAUGGUUUGUAGCAAUGUCAAGAUACACCCUAUAGGAGUUACUGUAAAAAAAAUCAUGGCCGCAUCCCCAGGAUCAAUUACUGUUAAGCCAAAUUCCUGUAGUAUUACGAUUGAAGAGUAAAUUUUUGUGCCUGUUGUAAAGUAUAAAAAAUUCGAGGCAUUUUUGAAGGUGUUUUUCGUAUAAGCAAUGUUAAUAAUAUGUAAGCUAAGAAUUGUGAAAAGAAUUGAAGAUCGUUUAGGAUCACUUAUGAAUAUGACUUAGAUAAAACUAUGUAAAGUUUCAUAACAAUGAACCGUUGUAGGUUGGACACAUUGUAUAAUUAAUUAAAUGCUCGGCUAGAGCCUCGUGAAUUAACUCGCCAAACCUACGAUAAAUGGGUGAGUUAUAUUGUAUUUUGUAAAACGCUAGAUUUCUGGUGUAUUCUAAUAUCUAUAGCCUUGUAAAAUUGUAUGCAGUUAUGUAGAAACUGUACAUCGUGUAAAGGAAUUAUAAUAGGUCAUUUUCAAAUGUUGUAUUAAAAUUAUAGUGGUUUACUGAAA